AUGGGUUCUCUGACCUUCCCCGAAACAGCCAACGCUGAUCGGGAGGCCGCCCUAUUGACCCAACACCUCCUUGACAACUAUGACAGUGUUCAUGGCGCUGGGUUCAUGAGCUGCACCGUAUACGACACUGCCUGGCUAUCGCUCGUCAAGAAGGAAAAUGUGGACGGCCAGCAACGCUGGCUUUUCCCGGAAUGUUUCCAAUACAUCCUCGACAACCAACAAAACGAUGGUAGCUGGGAAGCCUACCAAUCUGAAAUAGAUGGAAUCCUAAACACGGCUGCUUCAUUGCUGGCUCUUCAACGCCAUUCUGUCAAUCCUCUUCAAAUCGACGUUUUGUCCCCAGGAGAGCUUUGCCGUCGAGUGGAACUAGCGAGGGCGGCGCUGGAAAGGAAACUCAGCUGUUGGAACGUGUCCGAAACAACACAUGUUGGAUUCGAGAUCAUUGUUCCCACACUUCUUCGCCUGCUUGAUGAGGAGGGAAUCUCGUUCCAAUUUGAAGGCAAAGCCACUCUGAUGGAAAUAAAUGCAGCGAAGAUGUCACGGUUCAAACCUGAGUACCUAUACGGCAAGACACAACUAACUGCCCUGCAUUCUUUGGAGGCCUUGAGUGGUAUGAUAGAUUAUACCAAGGUGGCUCACCACAAAACUGGAGGUGGAUUCAUGGGGUCACCAUCGGCCACCGCAGCCUACCUUAUAGGGUUACCGCCCUCAAAGUGGGAUAACGAGGCAGAAGGAUAUCUUCGCCACGUGCUGCAAAGAAGCCCAGGAAAAGACAGCGUCCCUAGCGCUUUUCCCUCUACCAACUUUGAGUUUUCAUGGGUUUUAUCCACGUUGCUACACGCCGGCUUUACAGAGAAGCAGCUGGGUCCAGCUGCGAGGGAGGUCGCCAACGUACUGAACCGCGUGUUCGAGACGGAAAACGGCGUCGUUGGAUUUGUUCCUUCAAUAAUGGCGGACGCAGAUGACACUGCCAAAACACUGUCAGCCCUAAAUAUGAUGGGCUUCCGCAAGCCUGCCACGCGGAUGAUUGAGGAUUUCGAAACAGAAACCCACUUCCGCACCUACCCCUCAGAGCGCGACAGCAGCUUCAGCGCCAAUUGCAAUGUUCUUCUCGCAUUGCUGCAUCAUCCGGCGCCGUCCCAACACACGAGCCAAAUAAAAAAAGUGGCUGGCUUUUUGUGCAACAAAUGGUGGAACACGGAUGGGGCAAUCAAAGACAAAUGGAACCUUUCACCGCUUUAUCCGUCGAUGCUUAUGGUGCAGGCAUUCGUAGAAUUGCUGCACUUGGUAGAAGGUGGUCGACUGCCUUUAUCAAUCCUCGAUGAAGAGGUUGGGAUAAAGUAUGCAAUUGCCAUUUAUCGGUCUUGUGUGCAGGCAAUUCAAGAGCAAGAUGACGAGACAGGAUCUUGGUCCGAUUCGGUGGAAAUAACGGGAUACGCCGUCGUACUCCUUUCGAUGGCUGCCCAAGUUAUGUUCGUGGAUCCGAUACGACCUGAGCUGCUCAACGCCGUACGACGAGGUUGCGAAUAUCUGCAGCCGAAGCAGUCGCCCUCGGGAGAUUAUCUUUGGAUCGAAAAGGUUACUUACGGCAGCCCUGUUUUGUCUCAGGUGUACCGCCUGGCCGCGUUGAAACUGUCCAGCUCCAUUGCACCAACGAGCCAUAUAGGCCGCAUCUUGAACAUCCCAACGUCGUCUCCUCGAGCAGAGUCGUUCAUCAAACUUUACAAAGCGACUCCCCUUUUUUCCACAACCCCAGAGUGGAAGCUUCGUUCAGCCAUGGCGGAGGGCUCUCUUUUUCUCCCCCUUUUGAAGCGGCGUAGAGAUGACGUCUUUACGCGCGAAGCUAUGACGGAGGAUAAAUACCUCGAGAUGAUCCCCUUCACUUGGACUGCAUGCGAUUUGCGCGCCAAAUCGGGAGCAUCCCCCUCCUUCCUCUGGGAGAUGAUGCACAUAUCCAUGCUGAGCUACCAGGGCGACGAAUACAUGGAGUCGGUGGCCGCGCCGGCGUUUGCUGGUGACAUGGAUAGUCUGCGACACAUUGUGCACAAUCUUAUUCCCGGGAUUGCCAACGGCAUAGGCCAUGGGGGGUCUUACUCGGACUCGGAGGGCACGAUUCAACGCGUCAAGGAUUCGACAGGCAGAGACGCGGCCCUUAAACCUCUCAAAUGCUUUGUGGAUUUCAUCAUGAAUCAUUGGGCAGUCGUUGCCUCGAGCCCGGCGGAUCGAGCAAGCAUGAGCCGUGAACUUCAGGGAUAUCUUUUGGCACAGAUCCAACAGCUCGAAGACAACGGACAACUCGCCCAAGCUGCAAAACAACCAGCCAACCUGGCCUUUAAUGUCCCGUUUUCUUUAUGGGUCCGUACCACCUCUGCGGACCAUUCGUCGGCCCCAUGUUAUUUUGCCUUUGUGGCAUGCCUCCUCACAUCAAUAGUUGCGCCACCGUCAAACGGGAACGCAGGCGAUUGUUUCCAAACAGUCGAGCAGAAAUAUUUUGCCGCAGCAGCAAAUCGCCACCUGGCCACCAUGUGUCGCAUGUACAACGACUACGGUUCCGUGUCCCGUGACGCUGCCGAAUCCAAUCUCAACUCCCUCGACUUUCCAGAAUUCUCCGCGUGUGGAGCCGAGUCGCCCAAAGCUUCACUUUUCUCGCUGGCCCAAUACGAGCGAGCUUGCCUCGAGGACUCUCUAAGCAGGCUUGAAAAAGAAUGCAACCGGGGGAGCGGUGGGGCAUGUCAAAAAGCGACGCAAAUGCGGCGGAUGACUUAUUGGCGUCUGUUUUGCGACGUUACCGAUCUCUACGGGCAGAUUUACGUUAUACGCGACAUGUCAAGUAAUGUCAAAAAGGCCGCGGCAGCAAACAUGUAA